UUUAGCUUAGCUUCCAACUCAUCCUUUUUCGCUAGCAGUCGUAAAGAUUAGCGUACAAUUUCGAUUUCUACGCUCAGUUCCGCUCUCUCUGUUUGCUGCAGUGAGCUACGGAAGUAGAACGGACGCUCGAUGAAUAUGAAUAUCUUCAGGAAGAAAACCUCGCCCAAAGAUGCUCUUCGCACCAGCAAGCGAGAAAUGGCUGUUGCAACUAGAGGCAUUGAACGAGAAAUUGCAUCUCUUCAGUUGGAGGAAAAAAAGUUGGUGGCAGAGAUAAAACAAACUGCUAAAACUGGGAAUGAGGCUGCAACCAGAAUCCUAGCUCGACAGCUUGUUCGUCUACGUCAACAGAUAACAAAUUUGCAAGGGAGUCGUGCCCAAAUUAGAGGUGUAGCUACUCAUACCCAGGCAUUAUAUGCUAGCACUUCAAUCUCUACCGGCAUGAAAGGUGCUACAAAAGCAAUGGUUGCAAUGAACAAGCAAAUGGCACCGGCAAAGCAGGCUAAAGUGAUAAAGGAGUUCCAGAAGCAGUCGGCGCAGUUGGACAUGACGAUUGAAAUGAUGUCAGAGUCUAUCGAUGAAACUUUAGAUAAAGAUGAGGCAGAAGAGGAAACUGAAGAGCUUACUAAUCAGGUGCUUGAUGAGAUCGGUGUAGAUAUUGCAUCACAGUUAUCGUCUGCACCCAAAGGCCGGAUUGCAGCGAGAAAGACUGAAAAUACUGUUACCAGCUCUGAAUCUACUGAGGUUGAGGACCUUGAGAAGAGGUUGGCCUCUCUUCGACGUAACUGAGUCGAGAUCGAAUUCCACAAAUCUGCAAGAACUACAAAUACAUCAGUUCUAUUGCAUGUAAAGUUAGUAAUAUUGUUGGUAUGGUAUAACAGUUAUGUGUGAUAUGAGAAUCAUAUUUUAACUAAUUACCAUUUAUUAGGCGAUGUAUAUUUGUUUUUGGAACUUGGAGAAGCAUGAUUAAACUGGUCUAAGCUGCUCUUGGGUAUUAUAUUGAUCCAUGCAACUGCAGAACCUAGAUAUAAAUGGCUAGAGCUUUAUUAAUCAUC